AGUGCUUUGACGCGAACGCUGCCAUGUCCGAAAGAUCCAAAGGUGACGUGUCGUCUCGCGGCGUAAACAACAAUCCAAAUGCGACGCGUGUCGUUAAAAAUUCAUUACUUAGCGCCUCGGUAACCGGACUCAGCUACGAAGACUUUCCCAACAAGCCGCAACUAUUACCCGCCGCACCGCCCGUGGUGCGUGCCCCGCCGCCAGCACCCACACCAGCUCUCAUUGCUGGCAUUCUGAAUCGCGAGCCAAAAACAUUGGUUACUGUGGGCCAACCAUCGGGAAUCGAUGACAGCGAAGCCCUCGAUGAGAUCAACUUGAAUACGAGCAGCGAGGACUCGAGUGGUGCAUUAUCGAGAGCGUAUUUGCGCGGCACUGGCGAUGGUAAUGCCAAUCCCUUGCUGGAACCACCGCCCGGUCAAGGAAACGAUUCAUUGUUGAGUCAGGCAGCCUCAUCCUUCACAGCAUUGCCCGCAGUGGCAUCCAAUGUCUUUUCCACAUUCUCAAAACGAAUCUACGCGGGCACCAAGGAAUCGGAGGAGCCGAAAUUGGACAUACAACCCACGUACAUACAGCAGGCGUCACACUACGCUCCACCGCCAGUAGCUGCUGCACCGCCACCACCAUUCUAUGCGGCACCACCCACGGCAGUGGAUGAGAUUGUUGCUGCCCCAGAGCCGCCCAAGUUCUAUGCGCCCACUGAGGUGCCAGCAGCGAGUGUAGGCAUUGCCAGUGCACCACCCACAGCGGCGGGCAAUCCCAACACUUAUCGGCUCACAGCCAGAAAGAAGAUUUACGCACCCAUUCCGGGCUUCACCGCCGAGCAGUCGGCACUGGGCCCACAGGCUACAUCAACGCCACAGACAGGUCUGCCCUUCCAAACGCCACCAUAUCCAGCACCAGCUCCAGCUCCAGCUCCAGCUGCAGCUCCCUUUGAGAUAACUGCUCCAGUAGUUCCUCCCACAGAGGAGCGCAAAUCCGGAGGUGGUCUCUUUUCUCUAACCAAUCUUGUGCCCACUAGCGUGCUGCAAAAUAUCUCUGGACUUGUACAGUCCGCCACAGGCAGAAGCAGCGAGCAGCCCUCCAGUAAUCCACCAACAGCUGGCGGCAGCUACUUUGACAUCAACACAGUUGCUCCUCCAGCACAGUCGAGCAACUAUUUUGGGGCACCACCAGCAGCAGCGGGAGGCUACUUUGUGCCUGACUCAGCAACAGUCGGAGGAUUCUUUACACAGCCAGCCAAUCCGCUACCAACAGCUGCUGCUCCAGUAGGAGGAUUCUUUGCACCCUCAACUGAUAUCAAUCCAAACUCGGCGGCACCACCAAUCGGAGGAUUCUUUACACCAGCAGCAGCAGCAACAGUUGCGCCCACAGUUGGAGGUUUCUUCACGCCCGGUCCGGCGCCCAUUGAGGUCAAUCGUAUUGCUGAAGCAACGCCAACAACUACGCUUGGAGGAGGAUUUACUGCACCUCCAGCAGCAGUGCCAACUUUGACAACAUCCACAGCAGCAGCUGCUUCAACAAUUGGCGGUUUGUUUGCCCCAACUUCAGCACCAAACACCUCAUCAGCUGGAGGAUUCCUUACACCAGCAGCAGUUCCAAGUGUUGCUCCAGCAGCAGUGCCAACUGUUGCUCCAUCUGUUGCACCACCACCAGCCGUUCCUCCUCCAUUAGCAGGAGGAUUCUUUGCACCCGCAGCAGCAGGAACACCAUCAUAUCCAACCCCAUUGGCUGGACCACCUUUAGCAGCAGCAACUCCACCUGCUAGUGUCUCUGGACCACCACCUGCAAGUCUCGCUGCACCACCACCGGCCGCUGGACAGGCAUCGUAUCGCCUGCAGAAGGGCACGCGUCUCUACAAGAGUCCAUUGAGUGCACAGGAAACAGCCACAUCGUCAGCAUACGGCACGCCCUUUGGCACCACAGCAGCAGCUCCAGCAGGUGCCAUAUUCAAUCCAUUUGGCGCAGGCGGCACUGCCGGAGUAUUCAAUCCAGCAGCUCCCAAUCCACCAGCUGUUCAGCAGGAGAGCGAACUAAGCUCUGGAGUUGCACUAUUUGCGCCUCCCCCACAAACGAUUGAUCAAGGACCGGCUCCCCCAGCUGCCUUUGAAGCGACCAAUCAAGGAGCUAACUUCUUUGCGCCACAGCCAGCACCCAAGGCAACGCCAUUCUUCAUUCCACAAGCGGUCGUAGAGCCCAAACAGGAGGAAAAUCCCGUGCCCAUCCAGGCAACAUCUUCCAGCCAAGGCAUAUCCUUCUUUGAAGGCGCUCCGUCUUCGGACAUUGGUCUGUUCACGCCGCAAGCCGUUCAGGAAACAGCAGCAGCUCCUACCACAUCCACUGCUGAGGAAAUAAAACCAAUUGAAACACAAGGCAUAUCUUUCUUUGCGCCACAGCCAGCGGCCCAAGAGACUCCACUGUUUGUUCCGCCAACAGUUGAGGCUCCUGCCUUGUAUCCACCGAAUACUACACCAGUGGCAGAGGACAGACCCGCCGCUGAAGCGCCAUUGUUUGUGCCCGUGCCAGCAGCAGCCACAGAUCAGAGCCAGGGAGUGCCGCUCUAUCCACCAGAGGCCAGAGACGCAACAUCUGACGUUCUCUUUGCUUCAGCGGAACAUCAACCGAGUGCACCAGUAUUCGAAGCUGUUCCAACAUCAUCCACUGAAGCAAGCGAUUUCUUUGGAACUGCAGAAGCUCCAGCAAGUCUCCCAUUUGCACAGACGCUGGCAACACCCUCCCAAGUGCUGCAGACACCACCGACAGCACAAGAUUUACUGCCACCGCCCAUAGGAUUUGUUGCGCCACAAGCAGCAGAGGCACAGGCAGAUUCACAGGUGGAUACCGCCGCACCGCCAGCAGAAUUUGCAGGAGGAGUUACCGCGGCCCUAGCCCAUCCACCGCUUGCACCAUCGCCGCUACAGAGUUUCUUUUCGCAGCCAGCUACAGGCGCGGCUGUAGGGGACUUCAACUUUUUUGCACCGCCUGGCAGUCAGAUAUUUCCGGAACUGCCAACACAGCGGGGCAUUGCACCGCCUCCUUUGGCACAGGAGCCACCAGCAGCAGCAGCAGAAGCUAGUAACGGGCCAACAGGACUCGGGUUUGAGCAAUUGUUAAGCCAAACACAGCAAGCGCCAGGCCAGAACUCCAUUGAAAAUUCGAACGAGAAUACCCAACAACCAAAUUCAAUUGUGAAUUCAUUUUCGGGAUAUUUUGGGGCCACAGAAACAGCAGCAGCGACGCCACUUGCUGCACCGCAAACGAACAGCGAUCCUUCGCAUUUCUUUGAUCAAGUGCCACAGCCACAGGCAGCGACAAACGCAAACGAGGAUCAGCGCAUACAGAACUUCUUCAACAAUCCGCCACUGCAGGACCAGCCAGCAGCACCGGGCGAACUCAAAUACGAUAUUGUGCACAGCGGAUUGCCCGUCAAACAGCUGCAGGCACGCUCUCAGACACCCAUUUCCAAUUUGGUGGAGCCGCCAUCUUCCUCUGCCUGCUCAGAGUUUUCCACACUGACAUCAGCAGCUGCAGCAGCUCCAGCUCCAGCUCCAGCUCCAGCAAGCAAUUCAACAAUCGAGCGUCAAACGGGCGAGGAUUUACUGCAGUUGCAUCAAGCUGAGUUGCCGGAGGAGAUCUUGAAGGAGCUCAGAAUGGCCAACGCAAACGCAACGACAAGCGACAAGGCAGCCACGCCAACAGUUUCUAUAAUUUAUACGCCUGUGGUGGCCCAUUGGUUCUACAAGCGCAGAGUGGACACGAAAUUCAUUUGGACACCAUUCAGUCACUACGAUUCGGCGCUGCUUGAAACGAGUCUCCAUAAUGAAGAUUCCACAUUGAUUAUUCCCGUCGAGGGUGGCCGCUAUGAUGUCAACAUCAAGGAGCGCACCAAGACCCCCGUCUAUUGGGAGGGCAAGGGCAUUGAGGUGCGUCGCUGCUCGUGGUUCUACAAGGGCGUAGACUCCAAAUAUGUGCCCUAUACCGAGGACACUGCCGCACUGCUGGAAGCGGAGUACAAACGUUCGGCAGAUACUGGCGAAUGGCAUCAAAAGAUCAUGCUGGCCAAUGGUGAACAGGUGGUCUUCCAUGGGCCCACGGUCAUCGUUCACUUUCUGCCACAACCCAACUCAGACUCGUGGGGCGCCAGUGCACAGAGCUCCAUGCGUCCGCGUGUGGUUAAGCGGGAUCUGGAUGACUUUACCAUCGAGCAGGGCGAGUCGCAGCGCGUGGAUCAUUUAUUGUUUAUGGUCCAUGGCAUUGGCUCGGCUUGUGAUCUGAAAAUGCGCUCAGUGGAGGAAGUGGUCGAUGACUUCAGGAACAUUGCACAGCAAUUGGUUCAGUCGCACUACAAAAACUCCACAGAUAUGGGUCUGGUGGGUCGCGUGGAAGUCUUGCCCAUAUCCUGGCAUGGCCAUCUACACUCUGAGGAGGAGGGCAUUGAUGAGAAGCUGAAAUCCAUUACCCUAGAGUCGAUUCCCAGGCUGCGUAACUUCACCAACGACACGCUUCUGGACGUACUCUUCUACACCAGUCCCAAGUACUGCCAGAAGAUUAUGAACACAGUGGCGGAUGCCCUCAAUGAGGUCUAUCUGAAGUACAGAUUCAGGCAUCCCGAAUUUAAUGGCGGUGUCUCCUUGGCUGGUCAUAGUCUCGGCUCAUUGAUCCUCUUCGAUUUGCUGUGCCAUCAGGAGCCACUCAAAGAGAGCGAAGAGGAAAAUAAGGAGAAUCCCGAUCAGCUGCCGCAUAAGCCAGAGGACAGCUACAAGAAGGUGCAACUGCCAUCCAGCGAUCUGCUGCCCAAGGAGGUCAGCUACACCAUGGGUCCGGCUGGCACCGGGCAGCCGGUCAUCAACUACACACAGCUCAUCUUCCAUCCGAAGAAGUUCUUUGCCUUGGGCUCGCCCAUUGGCAUGUUUGUGACCAUUCGGGGCAUUGAUCAGCUUGGCCUGGACUUUCAUCUGCCCACAUGUCCGGGUUUCUACAACAUAUUCCAUCCCUUCGAUCCGGUCGCCUAUCGCAUUGAGGCUCUUGUCAAUGCGGAUAUGAAUGGAAUUCGUCCUGUGCUCAUACCCCAUCACAAGGGACGCAAGCGCAUGCACCUGGAGCUGAGGGAGACCAUGACGCGUGUGGGUGCAGAUAUCAAGCAGCGAUUCAUGGACACAUUCAAGACCACACUGGAUAGCGUUAACUUUUUGGCCACAGUGACAAAAGUUAAGAAAGAGGCAGAAGAGACGCUUGCAAAGCAGGUCUCGUCUUCGUCAACGUUGUUCCAGAAACAAAUCGAGGAUGCAGAUGAAAGUUCUGUGGCCAGCACAUCUACAAAAACAAGAAAUCGCACCGAUUCCAACUCGACAACGUCCUCAGAUCCAGAGUUCAUAGAACUGGACUUUCCGCUGGGCAAGCUGAAUGAUUCGAAACGCGUUGACUAUGUGCUGCAGGAAGCACCGCUGGAGUUUAUCAAUGAGUACAUCUUUGCCCUGAGCAGUCAUGUCUGCUACUGGGGCUCUGAGGACACCAUACUGUUUGUGAUGAAGGAAAUUUAUGCCAGCCUCGGGAUCAGCACCGACAGCCAGGUGCCGCAGCAAUCCAUGACCAUCGAGAGGCCCGGCUCAUUUGAUGGCAGUAAUGCCAGUCAGUCGCUGUUGCCGAUGUAAACACACACACAUACAAUUAUAUUAGAAAUAUUUAGAAUCAAUUGAUUUAUAAAGAUAUUGUUUUGUUGUUAGUGAAAUUAUGUGCGAUUGUAACGAUUCACUUAGUUGAUGGUAAUUAUCUCUGUGUAAAACGUCCUUUUAUCAUCCGAAUUAACAUACUAUCUGCUGGGGAAACGAAACAUUUUUUCGAGCUUUAUAAAUCAACAUUUAUCAACUAUUUACCUGAUGAGCCACAGAUGUACUCUUUGUUAUUUUUGUAAUAUUGUGUUUAUAAAAUUGACCUUUGUAACAUUUAUGAUGAAGAAA